GGCCCGGCGGGCCGGAGAGGCCCAGGGUCAAGACGUCCGGCCUCAGGGACCGGGGCUGGGCAGCUGAGUCCCCUUGGUCGCGCUGAGCGGGAGGGUGGCGAGGGCCCGGGUCUCAGGGCACUCAGGCCAGGUCGCAGAAUCGUCUGCCAUAGCCGCCGCCGUUGCACUGGGAACCGGCGGGGAUGGAACGGGAGGCGUCGCCGUGGGUCCUGGAGCCCCAGGAUGUGCAAAGUCCUGACGAAAUGGGGAGCCCCGAAGAGUCCCUCAAAGGCAAUAUGAGUGAAAAUGAGGAAGAGGAAAUUUCCCAGCAAGAAGGCACUGGGGACUAUGAAGUUGAAGAGAUACCAUUUGGGCUUGAACCCCAAAGUCCUGGGUUUGAGCCACAAAGCCCAGGGUUUGAACCCCAAAGCCCCAGGUUUGAGCCUGAAAGUCCGGGGUUUGAGUCCCGAAGCCCUGGGCUUGUGCCCCCAAGCCCUGAGUUUGCACCCAGAAGCCCUGAAUCAGAUUCUCAGAGCUCUGAGUUUGAAUCCCAGAGCCCCAGGUAUGAACCCCAAAGCCCUGGCUAUGAACCCAAGAGCCCCGGAUAUGAACCUCGGAGCCCUGGGUAUGAACCCAAGAGUCCCGGGUAUGAACCCCGGAGCCCUGGAUAUGAAUCUCAAAGCUCCAGGUAUCAAUCCCAGAGCCCAGGGUUUGAAUGCCAGAACCCUGGAUUUGAAUCCCAGAAUGCUGAGUUCAAAACCCAAAGCUCUGAAUUUGAAGCUCAAAGUUCCAAAUUCCAGGAAGGUGCAGAGAUGCUUCUGAAUCCUGAGGAAAAGAAUCCCUUGAAUAUCCCCUUAGGAGUUCACCCCCUGGACUCCUUCACUCAGGGGUUUGGGGAGCAGCCCACAGAGGGCCUGCCCAUAGGGCCACCUUUUGAGAUGCCCACAGGGGCCCUGCUGGCUACACCGCAGUUUGAGAUGCUUCAGAAUCCCCUGAGUCUGACUGGAGCCCUUAGGGGUCCAGGCCGACGGGGUGGCCGGGCCAGGGGUGGGCAGGGCCCUCGGCCUAACAUCUGUGGCAUCUGUGGGAAGAGCUUCGGGCGAGGCUCCACCCUGAUCCAGCACCAGCGCAUCCACACGGGUGAGAAGCCCUAUAAAUGUGAGGUCUGUAGCAAGGCCUUCUCCCAGAGCUCUGACCUCAUCAAACACCAGCGCACUCACACGGGUGAGCGGCCCUACAAGUGUCCCCGUUGCGGCAAGGCCUUUGCUGACAGCUCUUACCUGCUUCGCCACCAGCGCACUCACUCUGGCCAGAAGCCCUACAAGUGCCCACACUGUGGCAAGGCCUUCGGGGACAGCUCCUACCUCCUGCGGCACCAGCGCACCCAUAGCCAUGAGCGACCCUACAGCUGCACUGAGUGUGGCAAGUGCUACAGCCAGAACUCCUCCCUACGCAGCCAUCAGAGGGUGCACACGGGGCAAAGGCCCUUCAGCUGUGGCAUCUGCGGCAAGAGCUUCUCCCAGCGGUCAGCACUUAUCCCUCACGCUCGCAGCCACGCCCGCGAGAAGCCCUUCAAGUGCCCUGAGUGUGGCAAGCGUUUUGGCCAGAGCUCUGUGCUGGCCAUCCACGCGCGCACCCACCUGCCAGGCCGCACCUACAGCUGCCCCGACUGCGGCAAGACCUUCAAUCGCUCCUCCACGCUGAUUCAGCACCAGCGCUCCCACACGGGCGAGCGGCCCUACAGGUGUGCCGUGUGCGGCAAGGGCUUCUGCCGCUCUUCCACGCUGCUGCAGCAUCACCGGGUCCACAGCGGUGAGCGGCCCUACAAGUGCGAUGACUGUGGAAAGGCCUUCUCACAGAGCUCCGACCUCAUCCGCCACCAGCGGACCCACGCGGCUGGCCGGCGCUGACCUGGGGCCACAGCAGGACUGGGAGGUGCGGGCAAAAGAGAAGGGGACAGGGAGCUAGGGAAAACUUUAGAGAGGAUAGUGGAAGAGCUGGAGGAGAAUGGAAGCAUAGAGGAUUCUGGGAAAAGAGGGCCAGGGUGGAGGAAGUGACAUGCCCUGGAGACUUACGGGAAAUGCGCUAUGCAGUGGGGUUGGAGGGAAGCCAGACAGGCAGCAGAGGCUCUGGGAGAGAUCCAGAGAGAGGUCAGUAGAGAGCUGGCCUCAAGCAGCAUGCUCCUUGGUGGGUGCCUGACUUGGCGGAGUGCUAGAGUGGGUGGGGGGAGGGCGGGUGAGGGUUACUUAAUUAGAGUGGGUAGCUUAGACCGGUAGCUGCUGAGACCCUCAUUUGAGUCAGGAGCAGGCAAAGGGGUAGGUGGGGUGGGGAGUGGGGCCCCGGGGUGGGCCUGGGCCUCUGGGUGCACACCCCAGCCUCCUGUGUCUUCCUUAGGCUUUGGAGC